CUCGCCUUUCGAACCCCGGUGACCCCGCAGGACAUGCCCGAUGACACGCAGGAUGCCAAGGCGCAGAAGUUGGCCGCGGCGAGGAGAAAGCUGAAGGAGUACCAGCAGCGGGCGAGCAACAACAAUGGCCACCCGGGAGCGGAGGAGCCGCUGGCCACCGCCACGCAGUCGCACUCGUCUACUGUGAGCAUUGCGAGCAAUCUUUCCGAGCGCUCAGACAGCGAGGUGAAUGUAAAUGGAGGAGGAGGAGGAUCCAUUGGUCAGCAGGAGCAGUUUGCCCAUCCCACAGCUGCUUCCUACUUUGCCCACACCGAACCAGAACACAAUGGCUCACCAGCUGGCGACGCCUCCAAUCUGCAGGCCAUUCAGGUGAUCAUUGCCGAGAAGGCUCAGCUCAAUGCGGAGCUCACAAAGGUGCGAUUGGCUUGUAGGGAACGCGAGCUGGAGCUGGAGGAGCUGCGCACCGUGAAGGAUCAGCAGCAGUCGCGUCUGGAGCAACUGCAGCAGCACUACCAAGAUCAGCAGUCCACCGGCGAGCAGCAGCGUCAGCAGUUCACGCAACUCCAGGCUGACCUACAGCAGUCACAGGCACAAAUCAAGGAUCAACAGUCGCAUCUUAACGAACUGGAGGCCCAGCUGCAGCAGAGUAACCUUCGCCAGGAGGAACUGCAGCAGCAGCUCUCCCUAAAAACCAACGAACUGGAAAUGGCCCAGCUGAAACUGCGUCAACUCUCCGACGAAUCGAGCGUCAGCACGGACAACCGCGUGGAGUCGCUGGUGCAGACGCAAUACAUGUACGAGCAGCAGAUUCGCGAUCUCCAAGCCAUGGUGGGUCAACUGUCGCACGACAAGGAGCAGGCCGCCGGUCAGUACCAAAACUAUGUGCAACACCAGAGCGGCGAAAUAGCCAAGCUUAAUGAGAGAAACACAGAACUAGCAGAGGAACUUAAUUCGCUUAAGGAGCGGGAACGACAGCUGGUGGAGCAUGUGGGCGGUCUGGAGCGGGAUAUACAAAAGAACCUUAGCCUCCAAGCACAGUUUAAAGAGGCCAAUCAGGAGCAGACUCCAAAAGAAGAGGCCAGUGAUCAGACCGCUUUAAAGAAUGAACUAGCUGCCCUGAAGGAACGCCUGGCUGACUUCGAUUUCGAGCGCCACGAAUUCCAGCUGAAAAUCAAGUCGCAGGACGACCAGCUGCAAAUUAAAGAGUCCGCUCUAGCCGAACUAGAGCAGCAGCUCGAUCGCUUGCAGGCCGAGCAACCGGAUCAGACCAAGCUGCUGGCCACCAUGGAGUCGGACAAGGUAGCCGCCUCGCGUGCCCUCACCCAGAAUGUUGAAAUGAAGAGCCAACUGGACGAACUGCAGCAACGCUUUGUCCAACUAACGAACGACAAAGCGGAGCUGGUGAUCCGCUUGGAUGCCGAGGAGUUUGCCAAUCGAGAGAUACGCCAGAAUUACACCAGCAUGGAGCAGAAACUGCACGCCAACGAGGAGCGCUUCAAGUUUAAGGAUGAGGAGAUGAUUCGACUUUCCCACGAGAACGUCGAGCUGCAGCGCCAACAGUUGAUGAUGCAGCAGCAGCUGGACCGCCUGCGACACUAUGAGGCCAAGGCAUAUCAUAGCCAAGAGGGAAAAGAAAGUGGCGAUGCACCGGGAAAUGAAGCUGAGGAAGCUAAGGAUCUUGAUCAUGAUCACGAUCACUCGCACGAUCAUCCACAUGAUCAUUCGCAUGCUCACUCUCAUGAGCAUUCCCACGAUAAUUGCCAUGAUCAUGACCACGAUCAUUCCCACGAUCAUCCGCAUGAUCAUGUCCACAAUCACGACGACCAUAGACCGACAGCUAAAACCCUGCCCACUGCUGAGGCCGUGGAGCGCCUGCAAUCGCGCUUCACCACACUGAUCAGCCAGGUGGCCGAUCUGACCGAGGAGAAGCACAGCCUAGAGCACCUGGUGCUGCAGCUGCAGAGCGAAACGGAGACCAUUGGCGAGUAUAUCGCCCUCUAUCAAACACAGCGGCGCAUGCUGAAGCAGCGUGAGUACGAGAAGGCCGCCCAAAUGCGACUUUUGCACGCGGAACGGGAGCAGCUGCGCGAGAAGAUCGAGGCGCUGAACAAGCUGGUCGUCAGUUUGGGCGUGGAGCUGCCUGCCGAUACCGCCGGCGGCCAACCAACAGCGACGACAAAUAGUGAGCAGGCACAAAGUUUACCCAACGAGGGCGAAAACUCGCAGCAGAUCAUCAACAAGAUACAGGACAUCAUCAGCGAGAUCAAAGAGAACACGGAGCAGCCGAGCCACAAUCAUGCGGGCGAUCAUCUCAAUUGCUGCCUGGGCAAAUUCGAGGUGGUCUAGAAGAUUCCAAAUGCCGAAAGCUUGCUCGCAAAAGUGCAAUUAUCGUCUGCUUACGUAAAAACAUUCACCCCUUUUUGCUACUGUAUUUUAUUGUAAUUGUAUCCCCGAGUCUUUUGUAUAUGUUUCCAACGAUGUGUCCGAAUAAACCUAGUUUGCCUCUAAGACGAAUCUACAACUUAGCCCCACUAAAAAACGUAUUACAAAUCAAUCCAACUUGAA